AUGGAUGGAUCCCAAGGCCAGGUAGGACAGCAUAUGGCUGCUCCACAGCCACAGCACUCGAACCUCAUUCGUACGGAUCAAGUACAAAAGCUCCCGCACCUCAGUGACCAGCAGAAGAGCCAGCAUACCCAGCUGGUGCGCAAUUUCUGGGAAAUCCUGAACACACGCGAUCAACAGACACAUGAGUAUCAACAGGCGCAUACCAAGCUCUCGCAACUGUCCCAGAACUUGAUGAAGGGGAUGCGAAUCUUCCAACAGAACCGACAGCAGGCAAUGCAGCAGCACCAACAGGCUCAAGCUGCCGCGGUGCAACAGGGGCAGCCGGGACAACAACCACAGCCGGCACCGCAGCAACAACCCCAACAACAAGUUCAACAACAACAGCAGGCAGCUCAGGGACAGCAAGGACAGCAAGGACAGCCGGUCCAACGAACGCAAUCGAACAAUCCUCAGACGAUCAACCAGCUUAUCCCGCAAAUCCAAGCCCGAGUCAGCGCUCUCAACUUUUUCCUUCCUCCGAACGUGACACCCGAGCAAGUGCAGACAUGGAUACCCGAGGCUCGAUUGCGAUAUGGAAUUGCACUUCAGAAGCAGGAGGUUGGACGGGCUCGGAUGGCCGAUCUUCGUUCAUCAUAUGCUCAGCGACAGGCACAAGGUAAUAUGAGCCAGGAGGAAAUGCAAGAAUUCAAGAACCGACAACUGGCGGCCGAAAAGCUGUUCCGAGAGGGUAGCGAGUUCUUGAACAAGUUCAAGGAACAGCAGGAAAGUUUUAAGAUUCAAGCGCAGCAGAACCCACAGAGUCAAACGAUGAAUCAGGCAGGACAAGCAAAUGCAGCUGCCAAUCUGAACCAGGGCCCAGUUGCUCCUCCCGCGACAAACCAAACGGUACAAAAUGCUCAGGCAGGCGCGACGGCAAACUCUAUGCAACCUGGUCAAUCCCAAGCCCCAGCUCCUCACACUAUCAACUCAGCAGUGAAUGCAGCGCGACAGACUGCUAUGUCCCCUUCUACUUCCCAACCUGGCCAACCUCCUUCUGCUCAGUCUGCAGGAAAUACUCCCGUCCCAAUCAGUGCACCGCAACCUCAAGUGCAACGUCCACAGCCCCCGUCGCAGCAAGGAACUCCAGGAACACAAGUCACUUUCAGCCAAACCCCAAAUCCUGACGGUUCUACCCCGACACCACCAGGACCUCCCCAACAGGUGAACCAAGGCCCACCUCGUCCCCUCUCACACCAAGCCGCUAUCUCACAAGCCGCGCAGACCUACACCAACCCCACCCCUCAACAGCAAACCAUGAACCAACAAGCCCAGGUCAGCCAGCAAGGUCACCCCCAGGGUUAUCUCGCCAACCGUCCAGGUGAAGUUUCCACUCGCAACACCAACAUGGCGAUCCCCAAGAACCUCCACGUCUCAACCCCCGAGCCCGUCUCGAUGCCCAGCUCACGUCCGUCUCUCUCCGGCGGUCCCAGCCACGGUGCCAUGGGCAUGAUGGGCCAGCCCGCGAUCCAGAAACACCCCGGCUACGUCCUGGAGGGUGAAGGCCAGCGCGUGCUGAGCAAGAAGAUGCUCGACAUCCUCGUGCGCCAAGUCACCGGUGGCGGUGAAGGAGAAAUGCUCACUCCAGAUGCGGAAGAAUUCAUCCUCCAAAUGGCCGAUGACUUCGUCGAUGAGGUUAUCACUCAAGCCUGCCGCCUUGCCAAGUUGCGCCCUUCUUCGACUCUCGAGCUACGUGAUAUCCAGCUCGUCCUCGAACGUAACUACAACAUGCGCAUCUCUGGUUUCUCCACCGAUGACCUCCGCACCGUCAAGAAGCCCCAGCCCACUCAGGGCUGGACUCAGAAGAUGUCUGCCAUCCAGGCUGCCAAGGUCACUCAGGGUAGAACCGAGUAG